AUGGACGUGGAGCCUGAACUAUCUGUGUCGCGCAACCUUGAUGAGCUUUCUUCACUUCUUAGGCGCUUCCGAAAUGGAGAAGAGAGUACCGAAGUUGAUUAUUUGGAUACCCUAUGGAAACCGCUGAUAAACCUACUGAGAAAGGCUCUGGAAGUGGCGGAACCUAAUCAAAGCUGUGCAGGUGGCAUUGCUGGCCACUUUGCGGAACGGCUGCUGCAGGAGCUGCCUCCAGCAGGCUGGCUUGGCGUUCUGUGCGGCUCUGAUGCGACCUUUGACGGAAUAAACACCACCGGUGCGUUUUCCGCAUCAUCCCUUGAACAGCUUGUUCAUGAACUAGAGCAAACCUUGGACACGAGGUUUUCUUCUGAUGUGACACUUGUAACUCAGGUGCUCAAACUGUACCUUGUCGAGCGGUACGCGGAAAAUGGAUGCUGGCAACAGUCAUUGGAUGUGAUGGAUGAUGUUCUGGCCUUUCGACGGCAUGUAUUCUGCAGGCAAAACAGACCACGCUCCACGAACAGGGAACAGAGAUGGAGUUCUGCGUUGUCGAUGCUUGAACCUUACCCGAAAUCUGGUGAGAUCUCCCACGUACACGCGCUCUGGAAGGUUAUUGCGGAUCCAUACCGGAUACGAAUUAUCAGAGCACUACUAUUCCUAAAUCUAUGGGAGAAGCUGCAGGAGCGGAAUGAUUUCUCGUUUCCGGCAUCGGUACCGAGAAGCGAGUCGUUCACCCAACUCGCGGAGAGCGAGCUUGCUAAGGGGCGUCACGAAGAGGUGUCGAAGCUGUCGACGGCGCUUAGUGAACUCGUUGCCACAGGAGCACCGCUCAGUUCUCCACGCUGUAUUGGUCGUUACCUAGGUGUCCAGGGGCUCACGCUGGAAACCUGGGAGGAUAUCGGUUUCGUUUUGGCCCAGAGCCUUUGCCAGGGACGUAUCGCAGAAGCCAGGGCCCAGUACAGCCGUGCGGCACUUCAGUACGUCGCAGUGGUCUUCGGUCUCGAUGCUUUUCUGCUGCGCCUACAGGAAACUGCGAACGGAUGCAGGGCACACGACGGAACCGGCAGUCAGGUUUGGGUUGAAAAACCGGGGCCGUCUGCGGUCACUGCGAUUGCACGGGCCCCAGCGGCGUCCAGGGUGUUGUCAUCGCUUGCCAGCUCUGAACCGGAGGCAGGAACUUUACGCGGCAGGAAUGGUGCGCCUUUCGGAGCGCGUUUUCAUCGGAUCACGGACGCUGAAGCAGUCGAGAUUCUAUUUGCGAGCGUAUUUCGAAGGGCAUUUUGCUCGUGUGUUCUCAGCCCUGCUGAUGCGCUGCGCCAUAGACUCUUGAGGUAUCUUCAAAAAUGUGCUUUUCGUAGUGCUACUGCCUCGCUUUGGGUCUCACAUAUGCGGGUAGAGCGCGCGUACGACGCCUACCUAUAUCGCGCUCCGUUCGCUCUGCUCGAUCAUCUACUUGCAGGCCGGACGAUUCGGUGGCCCCUUGUGAGAGCAGGAAAUCCGGACGACGUCUUACGCUCUUCGCAACAAGUGCCACAAUGGCUCGAAGACUAUUGCUACGUGGCGAACGAGUAUCUGCGGCCCCAUCAGCGUGGUCACCAUUUCUACCAGGCUAUAGCGGAACACAACCUACACGCACUCGCACAGCACUGUGAUGCUCUCCAUAUAGAGGAUUUGAGGUGUCUUGUUUCGCCACCUAUACCGAGAAUUGACGCUUGUUGCGGGGCUCUGUCCACAAAGGACGCACCAGCAAAUCAAGACGGAGAACAGCGAAACAUCGUGGAGGGCAUCGAUGUCGAACAAGUGUUGACCCGCAUGCUUGAACGAAAGCAGUUUGGAGCAUUUGCCGAAAAGAGCGUCCAGCUUGACCAGUCACUGCUAGGUUUGGCGGAAUGCACUCCGACCAUCGAUCAGGUUCGUGGUAUCGUUCGCUUUCGUGAGACAGACAAACGCCGCGCCCUUGCUAUUUUAGGCGAGCGGAGUUUCUUGGCCUACACCGCUGCCUCCAUACCUGUUCGGCAAGACUCGACCACGUUUGCGAUGGAUUCUCCGACGAAUUCUGAAACCCGUUCGAGCCGGCGUCGUGGACAAUGCCUUGACUCGAUAACGGAAGAUGGACGCUCGACUGAUCAUGCGCUCCUACUGUGCUGCAGGGAACUGGAUGCGUUUCGUCAGUUUCGAGCACGAGACGAGCCGUGA